AUGCUCGGAACCAUGAUGUAUCCGGGCGCGGAAGACGCGGAGCUGGAUGACAUGCGCGUACCACCCAUCCAGUUGGAACAUCUUCCAGAAGUGUUCUUAUCCAGUAUCCCGAAGUGCGGGGGAUGUCACGAGAUGAUAGUGGACCGGUACGUGCUGAAGGUGUCUGAUCGAACGUGGCACGCGGGUUGCUUGCGCUGCGUCGAGUGUCGUGCCAUGCUCUCCGGGAAAUGCUUUGCCAGGAACAAUCAGCUGUAUUGUACCGAUGACUUUUUCAAGCGUUUCGGCACCAAAUGCGCGGGCUGCGGGCAGGGCAUACCUCCGACUCAGGUGGUACGCCGAGCUCAGUCACACGUUUACCAUCUUCGAUGUUUUGCCUGCGCUGCAUGUGCGAGAACACUCAACACCGGCGACGAAUUUUACCUCAUGGAAGACGGAAAACUUGUUUGCAAACCAGAUUACGAAGCUGCUAGAGCGAAAGAACUGGAUUCCACACCAGGCGGUGACGGUUCGUUGGAUGGCGACGCAGCGAGCAAACGGCCUCGUACCACCAUCACAGCGAAGCAGUUGGAAACACUGAAGAGUGCAUAUAGCAGUAGCCCGAAGCCAGCAAGACACGUCCGAGAACAAUUAGCUCAUGAUACAGGACUAGACAUGAGAGUGGUGCAAGUUUGGUUCCAAAAUAGACGAGCGAAAGAAAAGCGACUGAAGAAAGACGCCGGCCGCACUCGCUGGUCGCAGUAUUUCAGAUCAAUGAAGAGCGGCGGUGGUUCCCCACGACACGACCGACUCCUCGACAAAGACGAGCUCAAGAUCGACCUCGACUCUUUCAGUCAUCACGGUAAGAAUUCAAUAAGUAAUACUUAUUAUAAAACGAGCUGUUUCCCUGCAAAUUCGCCCGCGUAAAUUAUAGCCUAUGUCACCCGCGUACGAUGUAGCUUCCCUAUAAAAGAAUUUUUAAAAUCGGUCUAGAGUUUCGGAGUUUAUUCAAUGUAUACAAAUAAAUAAUGAAAUGAAACAGUUUUUUUUAUAAACUUCAGCGUCCAUUGAAAGAGUAAUGAUAAUAAUUUAUUUUUUGCAUUCAUAAUUUGAACACCCAGGUGAUUAAAAGGAAAUAAAAUUUUAUUUUCAAUAAUAUUAGUUACAUAAUUUCUUUAUAAUUGCAUGUAACGAUUUAUUGAAAUAAAUUUCAUAUAACAAAAAAAUAUAAUGUUGAGGAACAGUGUUUUAAAUAAUUUAUCAACGUUAUAAAAUGCCAU